AGCUGGAAGGUUCUAGAACAAGUGUCUUGGUUUGCGGUGCGAGCCAUGGGUCAGGUAUGUUCUGCAUGUCUUGCUCCUGAGUUCUUGGACCAAAAGAAGAAGUCCAAGAAGCGUGUCCUUUGUGCUGGCAAGACCUUUGCGCCCUAUGGUAUGAAAGCGGGAGGCCCCCCACCUGCGAUCACGAAAGAGUACCAGCCCACAAAGACAGGUGAUUUGCCUGGAAAAGUGGACUUGCGCAAUCACAUGAGCCCGGUUGAAGACCAGAGGUCAGUGCAAUAGCUGUUGCGCAAACGCCGUGGCCGGGGCCUUUGAGUACUUGAACAUGCGCCACUGCAAGGAAAAUGGGGACACUCCUGCAGACAUCUCUCGCUUGUUCAUCUACUACGUGGGCCGCAAGAGGGAUCAGGAGACAUUUUUUGAAAAGGGGCCCUUGUGCGAUGAGGGGAUGACCAUCGGUGGGGCGAUCACAGCGAUGCAAACCCAUGGCGCAUGUAUGGAGUCUGAGUGGCCUUAUGACCUGAAGGGUGUGAACAAGAAGCCCACGGAGGAGUGCUUCGAGAAGGCCCGAAGACAUAAGGUGCUGGAAGCCUCCCGAAUUCCGGUCGACUUGGAUUCCAUGCGCCGCUGCCUGGCCGAGGGCCAUCCCAUUGUUUUUGGCUUGAAGCUGACACAGAGAUUCUUUCGGCCUCGGCAGGGCUUUUGUGCCACACCCGACCCCAGUGACCCUCAAUCAGCCGAUCAUGGGCUCCACGCCAUGCUGCUGGUGGGCUACAACGAUCGCCAGAGCAUCUUCGUUGUGAGGAACAGCUGGGGACCAGAUUGGGGCGACCAAGGCUACGGUUAUGUUCCCUACGACUACGUGGCCAACCCACAGUUCAACAUGGGCGAGCAGUAUGCCAUCAAGGGCCUCACCGAGGUGGAUUUCACCCCGGACGAUGAUGAUGGAGGUGACUUGGAGCUUCCAGGUGAGGAUGAGUUAGACGGAGCGGACGACAUCCAGCAGUUCGAUGCAGAGGAGGACGAAGCUGGUGAUGAGGACGAACUGCUCACCGACACCAUGAAGAUGGCGGAGACCUGCUUUUGGGACAAGGACACGGGGGACUUGAAGGCCGUGGACCAAGCAACCUUUGUGGCAGCGGCGUUGCUGGCCAGCCGGGGCGACUUUGGGUUCGUCAUGCCCUUCGUGAAAGAGAAAAUGGAGAAGAAAUUCUCCGAAACUGGCACCAAGGAAUACACCUUCGAUGAUUUGAAGGAGUACUGGAAAGAGUAUUACGGCUGAAACAGCCUAAUUUAUAUAGUAGUAAUUAGUCCUGGGCUGUGGCUGACAAAGGUCAGGUUCCAGUCCGGCUGAGCUGCUUAGCUUGCCGAGCAUGAGCAGAGUUUUGGAAGUUUUAGGAUCUUGGAGCCAACCAAGAACAAAACGCCAGAGAAAACCCCAGGAGCACCUGCUGCACUUGGCUUUUUCUUUGUGCUUUUUCUUGGUUGGAUUUGCUGCUUUUUCUGCUUCAAUGGAAGCCGCUUGGAUCUGUCCCGCGAAGUCGUGCUGAUCCGUUUCAUUCGCCCACCUUCGAUCACCGUGCUCCUGAUCAGAAGGGUCACUGGAAGGGUCCUCCUAUGCGACUCUCUUGCUCAAGGGGCUGGAUGAGUG